UUUUUUUUUUCCGGGAGGCGCUCCAUCUUUUCCCACCGUCUUUACAGCUGUGGCCUGAAAACGGGAAGAAGCGCAUAACUACACUCCAACCUACUGGGAUCAAUAGACACCGUUUAUAUUUUGUAGUUUUUUAUUAUCUCGCUGUUUCUAUACGGAAGGUGAGCUGACCUGAAAACCACUCAGAAUGACUGACUCCAAGUACUUCACCACGAACAAGAAAGGAGAGAUAUUUGAACUAAAAGCUGAGCUGAACAAUGAGAAAAAAGAGAAGAGGAAGGAAGCGGUGAAAAAGGUCAUCGCUGCCAUGACCGUGGGCAAGGACGUGAGCUCUUUGUUUCCAGAUGUGGUGAACUGCAUGCAGACGGAUAAUCUGGAGCUGAAGAAGCUGGUGUAUCUCUACCUGAUGAACUACGCCAAGAGUCAGCCUGACAUGGCCAUCAUGGCGGUCAACAGUUUUGUGAAGGACUGUGAAGACCCGAACCCUCUUAUCCGUGCCCUGGCUGUGCGCACCAUGGGCUGCAUCCGCGUGGACAAGAUCACCGAGUAUCUGUGUGAGCCUCUGAGGAAGUGCCUAAAGGACGAGGACCCGUACGUGAGGAAGACGGCGGCCGUGUGCGUGGCCAAGCUGCAUGACAUCAACGCACAAAUGGUGGAGGAUCAGGGCUUUCUGGAUUCCCUCAGGGAUCUGAUCGCUGACUCCAACCCAAUGGUUGUGGCCAAUGCCGUGGCAGCUCUGUCUGAGAUCAGCGAGUCUCACCCCAACAGCAACCUGCUGGAUCUGAACCCUCAGAACAUCAAUAAGCUGCUCACCGCCCUGAACGAGUGCACCGAGUGGGGACAGAUCUUCAUCCUGGACUGCUUGUCCAACUACAACCCCAAAGAUGAGCGGGAAGCCCAGAGCAUCUGCGAGCGAGUGACCCCGCGUCUCUCGCACGCCAACUCUGCUGUGGUGCUGUCGGCCGUCAAGGUCCUGAUGAAGUUCCUGGAGCUGCUGCCGAAGGACUCGGACUAUUACAACACCCUGCUGAAGAAGCUCUCUCCUCCUCUAGUGACUCUGCUCUCUGGCGAGCCCGAGGUCCAGUACGUGGCCCUCAGGAACAUCAACCUCAUUGUGCAGAAGAGACCUGAGAUCCUGAAGCAGGAGAUCAAAGUGUUCUUUGUCAAGUACAACGAUCCCAUCUACGUCAAGCUGGAGAAACUGGACAUCAUGAUCCGACUGGCCUCUCAGGCAAACAUCGCACAGGUACUGGCCGAGCUGAAGGAAUAUGCCACAGAGGUGGACGUGGAUUUCGUGCGCAAGGCGGUUCGUGCCAUCGGGCGCUGUGCUAUAAAAGUGGAGCAAUCAGCCGAGCGCUGCGUGAGCACCCUCCUGGACCUCAUCCAGACAAAAGUGAACUACGUCGUGCAGGAGGCUAUCGUGGUGAUCCGAGACAUUUUCCGCAAAUACCCCAACAAGUACGAAAGCAUCAUCGCCACUCUGUGUGAGAAUCUGGACUCUCUGGACGAACCGGACGCACGUGCAGCAAUGAUUUGGAUCGUGGGCGAAUACGCAGAGAGGAUCGACAACGCCGACGAACUUCUGGAAAGCUUCCUCGAGGGCUUCCACGAUGAAAGCACUCAGGUUCAGCUCACUUUGCUGACAGCCAUCGUGAAGCUGUUCCUGAAGAAGCCUUCAGAGACACAGGAGCUGGUGCAGCAAGUUCUCAGUCUGGCCACUCAAGACUCUGAUAACCCUGACCUGAGGGAUCGUGGCUACAUCUACUGGCGUCUGCUGUCCACUGACCCGGUGACUGCCAAAGAGGUGGUGCUGUCUGAGAAGCCGCUGAUCUCGGAGGAGACGGACCUGAUCGAGCCCACGCUGCUGGACGAGCUCAUUUGUCACAUCGGCUCACUGGCCUCUGUCUACCACAAGCCGCCUAACGCUUUCGUGGAAGGCAGUCACGGCAUCCACCGCAAGCACCUGCCCAUCCAGCAUGGCAGCAUCGACACUGGUGAGAGCCCAGUCAGCGGUGGUCCGGCUUCCACCAUCGACCAGCCCCAGGUUAUUCCAUCUCAAGGUGACCUUCUGGGUGACCUUCUCAACCUCGACCUGGGUCCUCCAGUCAACGUGCCGCAGGUCUCGUCCAUGCAGAUGGGAGCCGUAGAUCUUCUCGGAGGCGGUCUUGACAGUCUGCUUGGGGGAGAUCUCGGUGGAGGUGUUGGAGGCAGUCCUGCAGUCGGCCAGAACUUCAUUCCAUCCUCAGUGCCAAACACGUUCGCACCGUCUCCCACUCCAGCGCCCAUCAGCAGCGGCCUAAAUGACCUGUUUGAACUCUCCACAAGCAUGGCCAUCAAUACCGGGGGUUUUGUUGCACCUAAAGCUGUGUGGUUGCCAGCCGUCAAGGCGAAAGGGUUAGAAAUUUCCGGAACCUUCUCCCGCCGUCAGGGUCACAUGUACAUGGACAUGACUUUCACCAACAAAGCCCUGCAGCACAUGACCGACUUUGCCAUCCAGUUUAAUAAGAACAGUUUCGGAGUGAUUCCUACCACGCCUUUACCCAUUCACACACCUCUGAUGCCAAACCAAAACAUCGACAUCUCCCUGCCUCUCAAUACCAUCGGACCCGUUAUGAAGAUGGACCCCCUCAACAAUCUCCAGGUGGCUGUGAAAAACAGCAUCGACGUCUUCUACUUCAGCGUGCUCAUUCCGCUCAACGUCUUCUUCGUCGAGGACGGCAAAAUGGAGCGCCAGGUAUUCUUAGCCACAUGGAAAGACAUUCCCAAUGAGAAUGAGCUGCAGUACCAAAUCAAGGAGUGCCACUUAAAUGCAGACACCGUGUCAGGCAAGCUGCAGAAUAACAACAUCUACACCAUCGCCAAGCGGAACGUUGAGGGCCAGGACAUGCUCUAUCAGUCUCUGAAACUCACUAACGGCAUCUGGAUCCUCGCCGAGCUGCGCAUCCAACCUGGCAACCCCAACUACACGCUCUCUCUGAAGUGCAGAGCUCCAGAAGUGUCUCAGUACGUGUACCAGAUGUAUGACGCCGUGCUGAAGAACUGAAGAUCCAAACCUCUCCCCAAACAGUCUUUCCUCUCCUAUCAUUCCUGUGGUACAAGAACAAACUUACACCUCUUCUUCCCAUUCCUGUUUUCUAGGAUCUGUAUCGUUCCCCUGCUAUAUUAUAGUGCCAUGGUAGCAACCACAUAGCCAAAAUGUCUGUGUUGUGGAAAGUUGUAGGUGGUGCAUCGUGCCUCUCGGCCGCAUUUAUUAUGAUAUGCCUACUGUUAUAAAAAUGUCCGUAAAUGGAGUGUGACUGUGUUUUUCCUUGCACACACUUGUGUAUUUGCCAUGCUUGAUUAUUACAUUCAGCAAAAAAAAAAAAUGAUUCAGUGAGUCAGGCUGUUUUUCAGUGCAAUCUCAGUUUCACAUUAUCGUUUAAAAUCAAUGCCACAUAAGCCAGGGUGGCUUAGAUAUCUUCACCAGAAGGCAGAUGAGAUGAAGGUUCUGAUACAGGUCUGCUUGUAGUCAGUGGUUCAGAACCACGUUUCAGUAGCUCAGUGGGGUAUUUAAUAAAAAAAUAAUAAUAAAUCACAUACCUUGAGCAUUGUAUGGAUGUCUUGUGCGAACUUGUUCCCCUCACCCAUAGCUACCUAAGCUAAUGUUAUGUAUAUUAUUAUUCAGUCUCAGUUACACUCCAUAUUACGACCACUGCCACAAAGCAAGUAGCAGUCCUGGUUGCAGGUAUCAUUUCUGUUUCAAGCACUUUCGUAUUCCUGAACUGCAGGCAUUCAGAUUUAACCAGUUUCCCUGUUGUAUCGUUUCCGCUUCUGUGCAGUGAUCGUGUACUGUGAUUUCUAUAAAAAGUAUCGCACUUAUGCAUUAAUCGAUAUCGUUCAUCCACUAACACUCUACAUGCUAGAGCCUGAACGCCACGUCAUUUCAAAGUGCUUUCAUGAAAAGAGCAGCGCUGUCGUUUGUGGUGUCGUCGUAAUUAAGGGUAAAUACGUCUAUGUCCCGUGGAAGCAUUGCUCUAAUGAAACUCCUACACUGCAGAUUCUGUUGGUUUAAUAUAAAUGUGAAAGCUGGAGCUCAGUUAUGAAGACCAGCUUAGCGUCACGUGACGUGUGCAGUAGCGCUUUUUCGGUUCUAGUUUUAAGUAGUUAUUAUAAUAAGCAUGAGUAAUCAUAGGAAAAUUAGCCAAAGUGCUGUCUGUUGUGGGAGGAAUUUCUUUUGGAAUAAAUGUCUAGAUGUUUAAAACAGAAGGCAGUCUUCCUGUCCACCGUAUUUAGAGGCCACCACAGCUAACGCUUCCCCGGUCAUUCCAUCCUCUUCACUCAUUCCUCAUAUUGUUCACUUGUUACCAAUGUUUUUGCUUUAUGUAUUUUCAUUUUUGAAUAAAUCAAGAAAAAAAAACGUC